UCAAAGAACCUUCAUCUAAGAAAGAGAAUAUAGAAAUAGAGAGUCUCCUGAGUCAAAUUUUGAGUAGACUUGAAAAUUUAGAAAUUAAACAGGAACAACAAAUUAACAAUAAUGGAGGAGAGACCCCAAACUGGCCCAAAAA